GAGCCAACUCCAACGCUUUUUUUCUCUCUCUUCCCCGCCAGCCACCGAACUAAAAAACCAACCUACAAAGCGCGUGACCAAGAAAAUGCCAUUCGUUUUUCUAUCAUUUGUUGGUGUUUGCCUUUUUCAUUUACCUUUUACGUCCCAGAGAGAGAGGCAUUUUAAACCAACUGUUGCUUGUUCUUCUUUCCUAACCAAAGCAUAUUCCUUUUCUCUCUCUUUCUAUAUAUCUCUCUCCUAACGACAUUGUAAACACGGUAAUUAACUUUAUAAUUGCAAAAGAAAAAACCUAAAGAUCCAUUGGAAAGGAAUACCUCCAUCUCAGCCCCCUUUUUUUUUUCUUUUAAGUUUUGUUCUUUGGAACCGCAGGUGUAUUAUAUCUGCCUUGAUCCCUAUAUUGCCAACUUUUGUUGUGAGAGUUUGAAGUCCAACUUGGGUUUCCGUAGAGCAUAUAAAAAUGAGGAAUAACUGGUUCUGGUUCAUGGAUCUUGAUGGAGGUUCUCCAUAUAUCUUGCCCAUGGAGCCUCUCACUUCAUAUGGUUUGGGGGGUCAUCUAUUUUCACAACUUAGUUCAUUUGUGGAUAAUUCGUUCUACCAUUCUAGUUACUUGUCUGUCCCUGGAAGUUUAGCUGUUGAAGGAGCUUUUAGCCAUAUUUCAAAGCUUGCUGGUGCAUUACUUUUUCUGUUCUCUAGUGGAUCCAGUUCAAAUAUAAGAAGAGAGAUAGUGGGUAGCCCACGGGGUUCUAAACCCAGAAUCUUAAAAUCUUCUUCGCACUUUAGGCAGAUUACUUCUAGCAGACAAAAUUUUAAAGGAUUACACUUUAGUUUUAGAUCAAAUGGCAAAUAUACUAUUCCGGUUAUUGAUAAGAUAUCAAGUUUUUUAUUGAAACUUUUUCACGUAGAAGCUGAAAAGCUACAAUUGUAUCCCAUGCUUUCCCUUGCUGCUGCCCUGGUACCGCCAUUUGAUAACAUAUCUUCAAAAGUGCUUGCUGUUCCACUAGAGAAUACUGAUGUCAUGAUUCAGAGGCAAUGUUGUGAGGUUGAGCAUCAAGGAUGUGCUGGUCUCUCCUUUCCUGACUUGAACUGGAGAAGGCAUGCAGUUGAGCCCAGAACUGGCAUUGAGUUCCCAAUGAUUUUGGACAACAUUUUAGCCGGCGAGAGUAAUUCCAGAUUAACUUCAGAGAUUCUUGUUGGAACUGGAUCCAGAACAAUGACAAUAAUUAAGAUCAAGUCUCUGAAUGUCUAUGCUUUUGGUUUCUAUAUUCAUCCUUCCUCUGUUUGUGAGAAAUUAGGUCGGAAGUAUGCUUCUGUUUCAGCUGCUGAACUAAAUAAAUGUCAAGGUUUCUAUGAAGAUCUUCUCAGGGAAGAUAUCAAUAUGACUGUUAGGCUUGUGGUUAGUUGCAAUGGAAUGAAAAUCAAUAGUGUAAAAGACGCGUUUGAGAAAUCCCUUCGAGCCCAAUUACUGAAGACAAACCCAGAGACCAAUUUUCAUUGCAUAAGAACUUUUGGCUCGUUCUUCACGCAAGAUAUUCCAUUGCCUGCGGGCACAAUAAUUGAUUUUCGACGAACAGCUGAAGGACAAUUGAUUACUGAAAUUGGAGGUAAUCAAAUCGGAGCAGUACACAGCAAGGAUUUGUGCAGAGCUUUCUUUGGCAUGUACAUUGGGGAUGUCCCUGUUUCAGAGCAAACAAAACAAGAGAUAGGAGAAAAUGUUGCAUCUUUAAUUAGAAGGUGUUGAGCUAGUUCAUUUCUUGUCACCAUUACCCCACUUUUUUAAAAUAGGUAAUGGUUUCUGGUAGUCCAAUAGUGUAGCUGUACACUUUUAUUAAUUAGUUCAAAGGCACUCGGAGGAAAGAGCUCCGAAAAUGGAUCGGUUUUCACAGAAGAUACCAAUGCAUCAGAGAGGAAAGAAUGGGUAAUUACCAAAUUUGCUUAGAUAUGGACUUUGGAGGGCUUGAAUUAUCAAGCUAUAUGUUGUUAGAUUUAUAUGUAUGCUUAUAAUCAUUUGUAGCAUUUUCUUUGGAUUCUUGUCGGUUAAUGACUGGUCCUGCUAUAUUCCUUUUGUAAUUUUUUUUUUCCCCCAAAUUAAUACAAAGAGAAAUGGUUAAUCUCA